AUGGCUGAAAUCAUUAAACACGGCGAGAAGGAGAAGACGGGCGAGCUGAACGACUGGGACCGAGAACUGGGAAUAAAAAGUGGGAGAGUGAAUUUCAAAGAGCCGGAGGCGGUGCGAGCGCUGACCUGCACCCUGUUAAAGGAGGACUUUGGUUUGGCCAUCGAGAUCCCUCUGGAGCGACUCAUACCCACCGUCCCCCUGCGCCUCAACUACAUCCACUGGGUGGAGGACCUCAUUGACGGCCAGAAACAGCCGCGCAGGGGCAUCGACAUCGGCACUGGGGCGUCCUGUAUCUACCCCUUACUGGGAGCCACAAUGAACGGCUGGUACUUCCUCGCCACAGAGGUGGACGACAUCUGCUUUGACUAUGCUACCAAAAACGUGGAGCAGAACAACCUGUCCGACCUGGUCAAAGUCGUCAAAGUUCCUCAGAAGACUUUACUGAUGGAUGCCUUGAAAGAAGAGACAGAAAUGGUGUACGACUUCUGCAUGUGCAACCCUCCAUUUUUCGCCAACCAGCUGGAAGCAAAGGGGGUAAACUCCAGAAACUCACGCCGACCUCCUCCCAGUUCAGUGAACACAGGCGGGGUGACAGAGAUCAUGGCAGAGGGCGGAGAACUGGAGUUUGUCAAGAGGAUCAUUCAUGACAGCCUGCAGCUCAAGAAGCGCCUUAGGUGGUACAGCUGCAUGUUGGGAAAGAAGUGCAGCCUGGCACCUUUGAAAGAGGAGCUGAGGAAGCAAGGGGUGCCUAAAGUGACCCACACUGAGUUUUGCCAGGGGCGGACCAUGCGGUGGGCACUGGCUUGGAGUUUCUAUGACGACGUGGUUGUUCCGUCCCCUCCCAGUAAGAAGUGUAAACUGGAGAAGGCCCGGAAGCCGCUGUCGUUCACAAUGCCGGAGGCGGGACUGAAGGAGCUCCAAGCCAAGGCCUCGGCUUUAGGCUGCACGUGCCGCAGCCCUGUGGACAGCCUCACCGUUCUGGUCGAGAAGACGCUCAGUGAGCUGCGGGUGCUGCACAAACGUGUGCCUUGCAAAAAGGAGGAGCAGAGCCUCUUUCUGACAGCUGUGGAGAACACCUGGAUCCACGGGCGUCAGAAGAGACGUGAACAGACACGUCAGCUGCGAGAGCUCCCCAGGGCGCCACACUGUGCCGGAACCACUUCACAAACCACCGUGACCGCAGGUGCUCCAGAAACAUGCCCGACCUCCCAAAACCAACUGACCACCGCAGAAAACAGCAGCAGCCAGAACGAGAACGCUGAGAGCAAAAGCACGCCUGCAGACAAGCCGGGUAAAGAAGUCACAGAGAGCAUGACUGGGGAACAAAAAGAGGCCCCAGAAAAAGUAACAGGCGAGGAUGUGGACAUGGAGUCCUCUACCUGCACAGGGCAGGAAGCAGACCUGAAGGAAACACCUGCUGCAGCGAGCGAGCCGCCCUCGAAACAACCCGUGAGCCCCAGCACUGUCAAACACUUCUUGUUUAAGUGUCUGCUGAACGUGAUCCAGGAGCAGAGUGACGUAGUGAUCGAGAUGCACUGGGUGGAGGGUCUGAACAGAGACCUGAUGAACCAGCUGUGCACUUACCUGAAGAACACACUUUUAAAGACUGUCGCAAAGUCCUGAUCAGCAAGUCGAGAUCUUUUCUUCUCAAAAAUUAAAAGCUUUAUUUUUUAGACAUGAUUAAUGUUAGGCUGUGUGUUGGGAAGUUUAUUUUGUAUAGCUUCUGAAAGGCAAUUCUGUAUUGGCUGUUUCUUUUAAUUCACUUUUAAGAUUUUGUAUUCUAGAGGCAAAAGUCUCCUAAAAAAAAAAAAAAUCCAAAUCACCUGUUUUAAUUAAAAUACUUAUUAAUAUACUAUACUUCAUGUCAACCGUACAACAAACAAACCAUCAUACAUAACAAGAAUUUCUAUCGCAACAAAAGUAAGGAGACACCACCUUGUAGCGCUCGUCACCAAUUGAGCUUUACAAGUUAAUUGUAUUGAGCUGGAAUCUUCAGGGAAAUUACUCCGAACACUCCAACCAAUGAUUCAUUUGGCCUUGCCAAUAGCUGAUAUACUCAUGGAAUCACCCAACACUGCAUAUUGUGUUAUAAAUUGCAAAAAUAUUUGGAAUAAAUUUACAUUUUUAUACAGAUUUUUUUCCCUUUCCCAUUUUUACUGAAUUCUCUUUAAUUGUGUAGUACCUGUAAAUAUCCACAAGAGGGCAGCGUCAGCUUGUCCUGUGCGUUAUGAUCCGUUGUACUCGUUGAUCUUUAAUUGUUCCUUUGUUAGAGAUUGUAUUUUAGACUCACUGUCGCUCCAGUUUGGCAAAACUGUUUUAAAUAGACCCACAGACCGUGUAAUUCAGGAAGUUCCUGGAGCCCCUCGGUCUUUCCUGGAGAGCCUUUGGUAUUAUUACUCUGCUGUACCCGGCUGACUUCCUCAACAGCAUCGAGUGAAUAACAGGAAAACAUUCCCAAAAUAUGCAGGGCCACGUGUACGUAUGUGCACAUUUUCUGUUGUCAUAAGCAGAAACGCGGUUCCUGCUCGUACGACGUGUCCUGCGGUCACGGCCGGACUUUGACUCCGGCGACGCAUGAGUCAUGUGAUAUCUGCUGAAUAAAGGGCAACAACAUUAGAAGCUGG